AUGGAAGAAAAGUUAAAUGAAAUGGAACAAGCUGGUAUCAUCACAAGGACAUCAACGCCUUACAGUAGUCCAUUGACAUUCACUCUUAAAAAAGACGGCUCAAUUAGAGUUCUGCUUGAUGCCAGAAGCAUAAAUAAGAAAAUGGUUGCAGAAACAGAGAAACCACCUAUACAAUUAGAUGUUUUGAAUUCAUUUCACGGAGCGAAUUAUAUCACUACCAUUGACUUAAAUAAUGCAUAUUUUCAAAUUCCGAUAAAUAAAGAUGGUAGAAAAUAUACUGGAUUUACAUUCAAUGGAAAGUCAUAUGUAUAUAAUGUUUUGCCGCAAGGAUUAAAAACAUCAGUAGGAAGCUUUAGCAGAGCUAUGAAUUUAAUAUUAGGACCAGAAGUCCAAGAAUUUUGUGUGAACUAUUUAGAUGAUCUAGCCAUUAUUACAACAGGAACGUUAGAUAAACAUUUGCAGCACAUUGAUAUUGUUUUAAGUAAAUUGAACAAAGCUGGCUUAACGUGUAACUUGCAGAAAUGUGAAUUUAUUUGUAAAGAAAUUAAAAUGCUGGGUUUUAUAAUUUCAACAGAAGGCAUAAAGACAGAUCCCGAUAAGAUUCGAGCGAUCCAAGAGUUUCCAGCACCUAAAAAGAUUAAACAAUUAAGGGCCUUUUUAGGUCUAUGCAAUUUUUAUAGAAGGUUUAUACCAAAUUACAGCGAGAGCAUAAUACCGCUCUGUGAAUUAUUUAAAAAGGGACGAAAGUUCCAAUGGAGCGGUAAAGAACAGAAGGCAUUUGAUUUUAUAAAACAACAAUUUAUUAAUACAAUACAAUUGCAUCAUCCAGACUUUAAUAAGCCGUAUUAUUUACAAACAGAUUGUUCCGGUGUGGGUAUGGCCGGAGUACUAUAUCAGAUAGAUGAUAAUAAUGAAAUGAGAAUUUCAGGCUAUCAUAGUAAAGCCUUAAAAGGCCCCGAAUUAAAUUGGUCUGUUACUGAACAAGAGUUUUAUGCUGUAAUAAGCUGCCUAAAGAAAUUUGAAACAUAUUUGAGGGGCAGUAAAGUAAUAAUACUAACUGAUCAUAAAGCAUUAUUGUUUAUUAAUAAUAUGAAGUUAUUCAAUGAUGUGCUAUCACGUUAUCCUCCUGAUGGCGAUUUAAUACAAGAGGAUAAAAAUAAUAGUUUAGAAAUUGCUUACACAGAGAGCGAACCGAAUAUUGAGUUGAUAGAAAAAUUAAAAUCCUUAUCAGUAUAUCAAUUACAAGAUUCAGAGUCGUUGGCUAUUAUUGAAAAGUUAAAGACAUUAAAUACUUCCAUAAUAAAACAAAACAAUAAAUUUAAAAGGUAUAGUUUGAAAAAUGAUGUAUUAUAUUACAAAACGAAUUUACAAGAAGUAAUAUAUUUACCUAAAGCAUUGAGACAAGAUAUUAUAAAUCAAGUGCAUGUCGAAAUGGGUCAUCAAGGACCCUAUAAGUUAUCUAAGAAAAGCAAUAUAACAUAUGUGGGUCCCUGA